AUGUUGAAAUACGCAGGGGUAUUGCUAACAAAGGAGCACAUCUUCAAGCUCGCGUCGAGUAUCUUACAAGAAAACCUUGAUGAUAUACACGACGUGAAUACCUUCCUUCGCGCGUAUAUGACCGUUUGGCGGGUCCUGACCAGAAAUCAUCCGAAAUACUUCAUUCACCCAAUGUCCAUGCCUCGUCGUUCACCGAAGAGUGAGCAUUCGCGUUUCCUUCUGGUAUGCCGUGUAUGCAGGGACCCAUACGAGACGCGCAUGAACUACGCUAAAAUGCCGGCGACGGAAAUGGAUGCCAACAUUCUUGAUUGGUUGAAAGAGAAUGGGAUGGAGUCCCAAGAAAUACUUGAUCAAUGGACGACGAUACCCAACCCCGAGGCCAGUAGUACCACAGCUCUGCUCCAGCUCCUCUUCCUCGUUCUGGAGCCGGUUGAUUGCGGCCUCCAAGGUACAAUGGCUUCGUCCUCUGCGGCUCCGGGUGCAUAA